CUCAUUUAGGUGUUAUCUGAUCUCCAAUCAUUCACUUUUUAAGAAAAUUAUAGAGCCGUUUGAAGCCUUUACUCUUUUGCCUUUGAUUAAAUUCUCCAUUGUUAUCUGACUCUUGUUUUUACCAUAUGUUUAUGAGAUAUCACAGUUCACAAUCCAGGGCAGAUUUGUUAACACUGGGAUUGGCUGUUACCAGCAUCUUGAAUGGUCUUGUGUGGCUCUCCAUCAAACCAAAAUCGAUAGCUGUUGUAGACCCUACGGGUGUGGAUUGCCAAAGAAUUGCAUCUGGUCUUCCUGCAUUUGCAAUAUCUGAAUUGCUCUGGGCAUGGGAUUCUCUAUCAAAUGUGACAUGCUGCAGGUCUCUAGUUAUUGUUUAUCAUAACAAAUGUAUACUUCAAAAGGGAGUUUUUCCUGCUUCUUCAUCAAAUGGGGCAGUCCAUGUCAACACUGAAAAAUUAAUACAAGGGUCACUUUAUCAAGAUGUCACAAAAUCCGGAUCACGUAAACAACAGAGGUAUUUGGCGAACUUAUCUCUUUAUCCUGGGAAGUCAGAGUUACCAUUUUUGCCUUCGAAUACACAGUCUGUAAUUUUGCAACCUGUUGGAGUAAAAGGAGUUGCUAUAAUUGGUGGUGAUUUAGUCCGAGGAUUCACAACUUCUGAUCAGGCAUGGAUUGCUUUGAUUGGGGGGAAAUUAGAUGCUACACUCACAAAAGUUGUGGGUGACAUAUCUGAAACUUCAAGGUCUUCUUCAUAGGACAAUUGCAGAAAGUGCCAACUAAGGUAUCGUGACGCCGAACUUCGACAAGUAUUCUUCUGAUACAUGCCAAGUGAGCCACAAAAUCGUAUCGCUUUCGGUUAUUACAGAUUAGGACAUUCUUAGGUCCUACUCUGUUUUUAGUUAGGAUUACUACCUAUUAGCAUUGUCUUUAGUUAGUGAGUUUCCUAACUAGACUUUGUAUUCUCCUGCAUAAGGGGACUUCAUUCAUAUAUAGAAGCACCAAAACUAGCAGAACUUGCAAAUAGCAAAUGGAUAGAAAAUUUAAGAAAGACAUGGGUAGUUU